AUGAUUAGUGCGGCCCAGAAGAUGUUCUGGGCUUCAUACAGGGAAACUACCAGGGUGGAAGAUGAGGCUUAUUGCUUGAUGGGUCUUUUUGAUAUCAACAUGCCGAUGAUUUACGGCGAGGGACCAAAGGCUUUUCAACGUUUGCAGUUGGAGAUAACCAAAUCAUCCCAGGAUCAAUCUAUUUUCUGUUGGUGGCGACCCACGGAAUUCGCUGUCAAUCCAUUAGCCAAUUCUCCCGUGGAUUUUCAACUCUCUGGAAGUAUUGUUUGUGGAGGUUUAUCAGCGACCCUAGAAGAGUAUUUUAUAACCCAAAAAGGGUUAAAGAUUACCCUGCCUCUUAUGGUUACGAACCACUCAGCGAUUGGGCUGCUAAAUUGUUAUCGGCUGGGUGUCUAUGGCAGUCAAAUUGCUAUUCGACUUAGAAAGGAGUUCGACGGAGGAGUGAAUACUUAUUGUCGCGUUAUGGGAAGCAAACUUGAAUUGUUCGAAGAUGAUGAUGUCGGGUUUCCUAUGGCAAGCAUCUAUAUACGAGACAUUAGGCAUAAUGAUUAUGAAAGCAUGAUCGAACCAAUCCUAGAGUGUCGAGAUAUACUUGAGCUUCGCCAUAAUAACGAAUCUCUAUCUAUAAUUGGAACUGAAGGAUGCGCAGAGUCGUCGCAUAGCUUCAAUGGACGGGUAGAGUCGUCACACAUCUUCACUUCUGAUGUUACCUUUCAGAGAUCGGCGGACUUGUACCAAUACACAAGUCAUCUUCGUUUACACAAUGAUGAGGCUGCGAUCCCAGGCAUUGUAAUGUUCGAGGCAGUUGCCAAUAAGAGUCUUAGUUCUGAUAGAUCUACUGAUGCAAAAGACGAACAAUUCGCAGUGGUGGUCGGUUUCACCAGCUUCGAUUCUCUUUACUGCUGCUUUGACUUGGUCAUACCAGAUUCGUCUGACGGCAAUAAAGUUGAUCUUUUCAGAAACAUUGCUGCUAGAAAGGAUUGGCAUCAUUAUGGAAUAGGCGUUGACGAUACCGACCGAAGAUGGGCAGUUCUGCAAAAGGGGACUACUAUCCAGGUAGCGCUGAAGGAUAUAAUCAUCGAUGGAAGAGUAGGCUACCUAUUAGACGUGAAAUCGGAAAAGGAGUUCGACCCGGUAUUUGUAAGCAAUGUUUGUUGCUUGCCAGCAAACCUAUAA